GAUAAUUGAAGGGAAGACAAGCCGCCGCCGCCGCCGCUGGGGGGGGGUGGGGGGAGCCCGUGGAAGUUGCCGUCGCGCCACCGAGUCCGGACCGGAGACUUUGGGGCCUAACUAGUGAAUGGUAGUGUCUAGAAAGGGUAUGUCCCUUCAAGAGAGAGGUGCCAAUGUCCAACCGGCCUAAUAACAAUCCAGGGGGGUCACUGCGACGUUCACAGAGGAACACUGCCGGGGCCCAACCACAAGACGACUCAAUAGGAGGAAGGUCACAUUUAGGGCAGGCAAAACAUAAGGGAUAUAUCCCUCCUGAGAGUAGAAAAUCUAAUUUUAAGGCACCCAAAGUGCAAUCUAAUACCACUUCUGAACUGUCAAGGGGACACCUUUCUAAAAGAAGCUGCAGUUCAUCAUCUACUGUCAUAGUUCCACAACCAGAGGAUCCAGACAGAGCCAAUACUUCUGAAAGGCAGAAAACGGGGCAGGUGCCUAAGAAAGACAAUUCUCGAGGAGUGAAACGCAGUGCUAGUCCAGACUACAACAGGACCAAUUCUCCUAGCUCUGCGAAAAAGCCCAGAGCAUUUCAGCACAUUGAGUCUCUCUCAGAAACCAAUAAGCCACAUAGUAAGUCGAAGAAGAGACAUUUAGACCAGGAGCAACAAGUGAAAUCUGCACAAUUGCCAUCAACAAGCAAGGCUCACACCAGAAAGAGUGUGGCUGCUGGUAGUUCACGGAGUCAAAAAAGAAAGAGGACAGAGAGUUCUUGUGUUAAGAGUGGUCCUGAGUCUGAAUCAACUGGUGCCGAAGAGAGAUCUGCAAAACCCACCAAGCUGGCUUCAAAAUCAGCCACCUCAGCCAAAGCUGGGUGUAGCACCAUCACCGAUUCUUCUUCUGCUGCCUCUACUUCCUCCUCCUCCUCUUCGGCUGUAGCUUCAGCCUCUUCGACUGUACCACCAGGUGCCAGGGUGAAACAAGGAAAAGACCAGAACAAGGCCAGGCGUUCCCGUUCAGCGUCCAGUCCUAGUCCCAGAAGAAGUAGCAGGGAGAAGGAGCAGAGUAAAACUGGUGGCUCUUCAAAAUUUGAUUGGGCUGCUCGUUUCAGCCCUAAAGUUAGCCUACCUAAAACAAAACUGUCUCUUCCAGGGUCUUCUAAGUCAGAGACAUCAAAACCUGGACCUUCUGGAUUACAGGCCAAAUUAGCAAGUUUAAGAAAGUCUACCAAGAAGCGCAGUGAGUCCCCACCUGCUGAGCUCCCCAGUUUGAGGAGGAGCACACGUCAAAAGACCACGGGCUCCUGUGCUAGUACCAGUCGGCGAGGCUCUGGCCUGGGCAAGAGAGGAGCAGCUGAGGCCCGGCGGCAAGAGAAAAUGGCAGACCCAGAAAGCAACCAGGAGACAGUAAAUUCCUCAGCUGCCCGGACAGAUGAAGCUCCGCAAGGAGCAGCAGCCUCUAGUUCUGUUGCAGGGGCUGUUGGCAUGACCACCUCUGGGGAGAGUGAAUCGGAUGAUUCUGAGAUGGGACGAUUACAAGCCCUGUUAGAGGCCAGGGGUCUUCCUCCUCACCUGUUUGGUCCUCUUGGUCCUCGGAUGUCACAGCUUUUCCAUAGAACGAUUGGAAGCGGAGCUAGUUCUAAGGCCCAACAGCUUCUUCAAGGACUGCAAGCGAGUGAUGAGAGUCAACAGCUUCAGGCAGUCAUUGAAAUGUGUCAGCUACUGGUCAUGGGAAAUGAGGAGACAUUAGGAGGGUUUCCUGUGAAGAGUGUUGUUCCAGCUUUGAUAACAUUACUACAGAUGGAACAUAAUUUUGACAUUAUGAAUCACGCUUGCCGAGCCUUAACGUACAUGAUGGAAGCACUCCCUCGAUCAUCUGCUGUUGUCGUAGAUGCUAUUCCUGUCUUCUUAGAAAAGCUGCAAGUUAUUCAGUGUAUCGAUGUGGCAGAGCAGGCCUUAACUGCCUUGGAGAUGCUGUCACGGCGACAUAGUAAAGCCAUUUUACAGGCGGGUGGCUUGGCAGACUGCUUGCUGUAUCUAGAAUUCUUCAGCAUAAAUGCCCAAAGAAAUGCACUAGCAAUUGCAGCCAAUUGCUGCCAGAGUAUCACACCUGAUGAAUUUCAUUUUGUGGCAGAUUCCCUACCAUUACUUACCCAGAGGCUAACUCAUCAGGACAAAAAGUCAGUAGAAAGCACUUGCCUUUGUUUUGCACGCCUAGUGGACAACUUUCAACACGAGGAGAAUUUACUGCAGCAGGUUGCUUCCAAAGAUCUGCUAACAAAUGUUCAACAACUAUUGGUAGUGACUCCACCGAUUUUAAGUUCUGGGAUGUUUAUAAUGGUGGUUCGCAUGUUUUCUCUGAUGUGUUCCAACUGUCCAACACUAGCUGUUCAGCUUAUGAAACAAAACAUUGCAGAAACACUUCACUUUCUUCUGUGUGGUGCCUCCAAUGGAAGUUGUCAAGAGCAGAUUGAUCUUGUUCCACGAAGUCCUCAAGAACUGUAUGAACUGACCUCUCUGAUUUGUGAACUUAUGCCAUGUUUACCAAAAGAAGGCAUUUUUGCAGUUGAUACAAUGCUAAAGAAGGGAAAUGCGCAGAAUACAGAUGGUGCAAUUUGGCAGUGGCGGGAUGACCGAGGCCUCUGGCAUCCCUACAACAGGAUUGACAGCCGGAUCAUUGAGGUAGCAGCCCAUCAGGUCGGUGAGGAUGAGAUAAGCUUGUCCACUCUGGGACGAGUUUAUACUAUUGAUUUUAAUUCUAUGCAGCAAAUCAAUGAGGACACGGGAACAGCACGUGCCAUUCAGAGAAAACCUAACCCCUUAGCCAAUACUAACACUAGUGGAUAUUCAGAGUUAAAGAAGGAUGAUGCUCGAGCACAGCUAAUGAAAGAAGAUCCGGAACUGGCUAAGUCUUUCAUUAAGACCUUAUUUGGUGUUCUCUAUGAAGUGUAUAGCUCCUCAGCAGGACCUGCAGUCAGACAUAAGUGCCUUAGAGCAAUUCUUAGGAUAAUUUAUUUUGCUGAUGCUGAACUUCUGAAGGAUGUUCUGAAAAAUCAUGCUGUUUCAAGUCACAUUGCUUCCAUGCUAUCAAGUCAAGAUCUGAAGAUAGUAGUUGGAGCACUUCAGAUGGCAGAAAUCUUAAUGCAAAAGUUACCUGAUAUUUUCAGUGUUUACUUCCGAAGAGAAGGUGUCAUGCAUCAAGUAAAGCAUUUAGCAGAAUCUGAGUCUUUGUUGACAAGUCCACCAAAGGCAUGUACAAAUGGUUCAGGAUCCCUGGGGUCCACAACACCAGCCAGCAGUGGGACAGCCACGGCUGCAACCAAUGCUUCUGCUGAUCUUGGGUCACCCAGCUUGCAGCAUAGCAGAGAUGAUUCACUGGACCUGAGCCCUCAAGGUCGAUUAAGUGAUGUUCUCAAGAGAAAACGACUGCCAAAACGAGGGCCAAGAAGGCCAAAGUAUUCACCUCCAAGAGAUGAUGACAAAGUGGACAAUCAAGCUAAAAGCCCUACCACUACUCAGUCACCUAAAUCUUCCUUCCUGGCAAGCUUGAAUCCAAAAACAUGGGGGAGAUUAAGUGCACAGUCCAACAGCAACAACAUUGAGCCAGCACGAACUGCAGGAGUUAGUGGUCUUGCCAGGGCAGCCUCAAAAGACACCAUAUCCAAUAAUAGAGAAAAAAUUAAAGGUUGGAUUAAGGAGCAGGCGCAUAAAUUUGUUGAGCGUUACUUUAGUUCAGAGAAUAUGGAUGGAAGCAACCCUGCCUUGAAUGUACUUCAGAGACUUUGUGCUGCAACUGAACAACUCAACCUCCAGGUGGAUGGUGGAGCUGAGUGCCUUGUAGAAAUCCGUAGCAUAGUCUCCGAAUCAGAUGUUUCAUCAUUUGAAAUCCAACAUAGUGGAUUUGUGAAACAACUGUUGCUCUACUUGACAUCUAAAAGUGAAAAGGAUGCUGUCAGCAGAGAGAUCCGAUUAAAGCGAUUCCUACAUGUAUUUUUUUCUUCUCCACUUCCUGGAGAAGAGCCCAUUGGAAGAGUAGAACCAGUGGGCCAUGCACCUUUGUUGGCACUAGUUCAUAAGAUGAACAACUGCCUCAGCCAAAUGGAGCAAUUUCCAGUCAAAGUGCACGAUUUCCCUAGUGGAAAUGGGGCUGGAGGCAGCUUUUCUCUCAACAGAGGAUCACAAGCUUUAAAAUUUUUCAACACACAUCAGUUAAAAUGUCAAUUACAAAGACACCCAGACUGUGCAAAUGUGAAGCAGUGGAAAGGCGGACCUGUCAAGAUCGAUCCUCUGGCUCUGGUGCAAGCUAUUGAAAGAUACCUUGUGGUUAGAGGGUAUGGAAGAGUAAGAGAAGAUGAUGAAGACAGUGAUGAUGAUGGAUCAGAUGAGGAAAUAGAUGAGUCCCUGGCUGCUCAGUUUUUAAAUUCAGGAAAUGUAAGGCACAGGCUACAGUUUUAUAUUGGAGAACAUUUACUACCUUAUAACAUGACGGUGUAUCAGGCAGUGCGGCAGUUCAGUGUACAGGCUGAAGAUGAAAGGGAAUCUACUGAUGAUGAGAGCAAUCCUUUGGGAAGAGCUGGUAUUUGGACAAAGACUCAUACAAUAUGGUACAAACCCGUGAGAGAGGAUGAAGAAAAUAGUAAAGAUUGUGUUGGUGGCAAAAGGGGAAGAGCCCAAACAGCUCCAACAAAAACUUCCCCCAGAAAUGCAAAGAAGCAUGAUGAGUUAUGGCAUGAUGGAGUGUGCCCAUCAGUAGCAAAUCCUUUAGAAGUUUACCUCAUUCCCACACCACCUGAAAAUAUUACCUUUGAAGACCCAUCCUUAGAUGUGAUCCUUCUUUUAAGAGUUUUACACGCCAUCAGUCGAUACUGGUAUUACUUGUAUGAUAAUGCGAUGUGCAAGGAGAUUAUUCCAACUAGUGAAUUUAUUAACAGUAAGUUAACAGCAAAAGCGAAUAGGCAGCUUCAAGAUCCUCUAGUAAUCAUGACAGGAAACAUCCCAACAUGGCUCACUGAACUAGGAAAAACCUGCCCAUUUUUCUUUCCUUUUGAUACCCGACAAAUGCUUUUUUAUGUAACUGCAUUUGAUCGAGACCGGGCAAUGCAAAGAUUGCUUGAUACCAACCCAGAAAUCAACCAGUCUGAUUCACAAGACAGCAGAGUUGCACCUAGAUUGGAUAGAAAAAAGCGCACUGUGAACAGAGAGGAGCUGCUAAAACAAGCUGAGUCUGUGAUGCAGGACCUUGGUAGUUCACGGGCCAUGUUAGAAAUCCAGUAUGAAAAUGAGGUUGGUACAGGUCUUGGGCCAACACUGGAGUUUUAUGCACUUGUUUCUCAGGAACUACAGAGGGCUGAUUUAGGUCUCUGGAGAGGUGAAGAAGUAACUCUUAGCAAUCCAAAAGGAAGCCAAGAAGGGACCAAGUAUAUUCAAAACCUCCAGGGCCUGUUUGCGCUUCCCUUUGGUAGGACAGCUAAGCCAGCUCAUAUCGCAAAGGUUAAGAUGAAAUUUCGCUUCUUAGGAAAAUUAAUGGCUAAGGCUAUCAUGGAUUUCAGAUUGGUGGACCUUCCGCUUGGCCUACCCUUUUAUAAAUGGAUGCUGCGGCAGGAAACUUCACUGACAUCUCAUGAUUUAUUUGACAUUGAUCCUGUUGUUGCCAGAUCAGUAUAUCACCUAGAAGACAUUGUCAGACAGAAGAAAAGACUGGAGCAGGAUAAAUCUCAGACUAAAGAGAGUCUACAGUAUGCAUUGGAAACUCUCACAAUGAAUGGCUGCUCAGUGGAAGAUCUGGGACUGGACUUUACACUGCCGGGGUUUCCCAACAUUGAACUGAAGAAAGGAGGGAAGGAUAUACCAGUCACUAUCCACAAUUUAGAGGACUACCUAAGAUUGGUGAUAUUCUGGGCAUUAAAUGAAGGUGUUUCUAGGCAGUUUGACUCGUUCAGAGAUGGAUUUGAGUCAGUUUUCCCACUCAGUCAUCUUCAGUACUUCUACCCAGAAGAACUGGAUCAGCUCCUGUGCGGCAGUAAAGCAGACACUUGGGAUGCAAAGACAUUGAUGGAAUGCUGUAGGCCUGAUCAUGGCUAUACUCAUGACAGUCGAGCUGUGAAGUUCUUGUUUGAGAUUCUCAGUAGUUUUGAUAAUGAGCAGCAGAGAUUGUUUCUCCAGUUUGUGACUGGUAGCCCACGAUUGCCAGUUGGAGGGUUCCGGAGUUUAAAUCCACCUCUGACAAUUGUGCGGAAGACAUUUGAAUCAACAGAAAACCCAGAUGACUUCUUACCCUCUGUAAUGACUUGUGUGAACUAUCUUAAAUUGCCGGACUACUCAAGCAUUGAGAUAAUGCGUGACAAACUGUUGAUAGCAGCAAGAGAAGGCCAACAGUCGUUCCAUCUUUCCUGAUCACAACAAGAAAUCAGUGUCUGCCUGUUACAGCAAAAGAAAAAAAAAUCAUGAUUUCUUUUCUAUGUGUCACCCGAGUCAAGGAAACAUGUUUCUCCUUCUUGUUGUAGGAAAACGGCUUGCAGAUUAUAAUUCAUAAUGGCCCCGUGGACUUAAAGUGAUCAGGCCCUAAAACGUUGUUGUGAUGAGGUUUCUUUAGCAAGUUCUUGUUUAAAUUAUCAUUUAUUUGAUGAGUGAAGUUUUUAACUUGCUUUGCUGUGUGAAAUUUCAAAGGGAUGUUUUUUCAGGCUGGAACAAUAAAAAUGUCGCUGUGCAGUUUAA